UUUUAUCAUCGUAACCGUGUCUCUAGAUGGCGAUGGAGGUGCUGCGGGGAAAUUUGGCAUAAAGCUUUAUAAAUAAUUUGCAGGGAAAAAAUAAUCUUUUUUGCUGCAACUGUCGGAGUUUUAGAAUCUAAGUGUUUUAAAUCCUGAAUUAGUGUAUGGCAGGAGGAGAGUUUUUUUUCUUUUUUUAAUCCUUGAUGUCAUCCGCGGUGGAGCCGUAGCCUCCUUUAAACUCCUGUACAACACCAGGAUAAUAAACAAUUUUUUUAAAAAUUUUAAUUGUUAUUGCUACGAUGGCAGCGAUGAUGGGACUUCUGCUGCAAGGUGUCCUGCUGAUUUGUGUCAGCGCUCUGGUUGCCGGCUUCGAUUUUCAUCAGGGACCCAAAACCCCGUCGGCUUUUGUGAAGCACACCAGCACCGAAGAUACAGUCGCAAAAAUCCAGAAGAGGUCCUUGACUGCGCGGCUGACAAGUCUCAGGAUAAAACGGAGAAGUGCCGAUCCGACUGAUGCCUGUGAAAUGCUCAAAGGAUACGACAAGAAGUUAGCUAACAACACACAUCUCCAUCUCUUCGAUGACCUGAGUGGCUCUGUGUCUCUUGCCUGGGUUGGAGAUGGCACCGGGGUCAUUCUGGCUUUGACAACAUACCAGAUGCCCUUCUUUCUGUUUAAAUUUGGUCAGUCCAAACUGUAUCGGAGCGAUAACUACGGGAAGUCAUUUCAAGAUGUAACCAACUUGAUCAACCACACUUUCAUCACAACUGACUUCGGCAUUGCUAUUGGUCCAGAGAAUUCAGGAAAAGUAAUCCUAACAGGUGAGGUAUCUGGAGAUGACAAGCCUCGGAUAUUUGUUUCUGAUGACAGCGGGAAGACCUUCACGCACCAUGAUUUGAACUUUAUGCCCCUGACACAAAUGAGUUACAAUCCGGAGGAUUCAAAUGUUCUCUUCGUCUUUAGCAGCAAAAAGGAACUGUGGCUUACUGAAGAUUUUGGCCAAAGUUGGAGAAAGAUCCAUGACAUGGUGUGUUUGGUGAAAUGGGGGAAUAAAAACACCAUCUACUUUACAACCAGCAAAAAUGCAUCGUGCAGUGAUCGGGGAAUGUUGGAACUGAAGAAAACCACUGACUAUGGCAAAACCAUCAAGACUAUUGCCAGUAAAGUCUACUCCUUUGGCCGUGGUGGACGCUUCCUCUUUGUCUCUAUAAUGACCAGCCAGGACAGACUGAGGGUACUCCAUGUCUCUGUGGAUCAGGGUGAGACCUGGAACAUCGCACAGCUGCCAGCCGUGGCUCACGACCAGUUUUACUCGAUUUUGGCAGCAAAUGACGAGAUAGUCUUCAUACACGUCGAUGAACCUGGAGAUUCCCUGUUUGGAACUGUGUACGUGUCAGAUGAUCGGGGCACUGUUUAUUCCAAGUCGCUGGAGCAUCACCUGUACACCACCCCAGGGGGGGAUACAGAUUUUACAAACGUCACCUCCUUACGAGGAGUUUUCAUUACCAGUGUCAUGGCUGAAGAUAACUCUAUACAGUCUGUGGUGUCUUUUGAUCAGGGAGGGGAGUGGGUUCCCCUGAGAACGCCUUCAAAUGUCAAUUGUAAAGUCACAGCCAAAGAUCCAGACAAGUGCGAAUUCCACAUCCACGCAGCUUACAGCAUGGCUAUGAAGCUUGAUGUCCCCAUGCUGCCUCUGUCUGAACCAAAUGCUGUGGGCCUCAUCUUAGCUCAUGGCAGCAUUGGGGACUCUUCCUCAGUGAUCAGACCUGACGUGUUUGUGUCGGACGAUGGAGGCUACAGUUGGAUAAAGGCGCUAGAUGGCCCUCAUCAUUAUGCCAUCCUGGACUCAGGGGGACUUUUGGUUGCGGUGGAGCACAGCCCCUCGGACACUAUUAAGCAGAUCAAAUUUUCCACUGAUGAAGGACAGUGCUGGCAUGUAUACAACUUCACCACAGAGCCCAUCUUUUUCACUGGGUUGGCAUCAGAACCAGGAGCUCGCUCCAUGAAUGUGAGCCUCUGGGGGUACCGAGACUCCUACAUUAGCCAGAACUGGGUCUCCUUCACUAUUGAUUUCAGGGAUCUUCUCACCAGAGACUGUGAUGACAAUGACUAUGUGCAGUGGUUGGCCCACUCGGAUGACAUCAGUGACCCAACUGAUGGCUGCAUGCUGGGUUACAAGGAAAAGUUCCUGCGUCUCAGAAAAGACUCUGUUUGCUGGAACGGGCGUGAUUAUCAGGUCGCGUCACAGCCGACCCCUUGUGCUUGCACUCUAGAUGACUUCUUGUGUGACUUUGGAUACUACCGGGAAGAAAACAGCUCCAAAUGUGUAGAGGAGCCAGAUCUGCAACACAAAGUGUUGGAGCUCUGUCUACAUGGCAAAGAGGAGCAACUGGUGACUAGUGGGUACAGAAAGAUCCCUGGAGAUAAAUGUGUAGGAGGACAGACGCCAAAGCGUGAAGAGAUUGACCUCAGUAAAAGGUGUGUCAGUGACAUGGUGGAGCUACACACUUUGAUCGGAGGUCAUUCUUCAAAGUCUGUAGCUAUAAUAGUAGCAGUUGUCGUGAUUAUGCUGCUUAGCAUUGCAGGUGGAGUGGUCUUUGUGAGGAAGUAUGUGUGCGGUGGCAGGUUUUUGGUCCACAGGUACUCUGUACUGCAGCAGCACGUCGAAAACAAUGCCACUGAUGAGAUGGACGACGAGCUUGAGAUCAACCACACUCAAAACGGCAAAAUAGAGUUUCACGAUGAUUCGGAUGAGGACAUGCUCGAGUGACAUCAGUCCUCUGCGAUGCAGCUCAGUAAGACCCCUCCUGUCCAGCCUGUGGCCGGCCACUGUUCCUGUAGCUCUCGUCUCCAGCUACACCUUCCCUUUACCCUCUUGUAGAAGCUUCAGCAUCGGCUAUAAAGUCUGUGUCACAUCGCACUGCUGUCAAAAUGAAGCCUGAUGAAUGAAUGUACUUCUUACAUUUACUUCUAAUACCUCCACAGUCGGGGAGUUUUGUACUUCAGCUACUAGUUAACGGGUUUGAAUCUUAUAGGUAUUUAUUUUAGGGUGCAAAAACGAAUGCAGUAACUGCUUAACUGCUGAAAAAGCCAGAGAAAUACAUUGCACUGUUUUACAGGUUCUGCCUCCUUCAUGCCGGGCGGGGUAUGCUCCUGAAAGUACUUUUAAUUUCUGUCAAAUGUUUUUGCCCUUCUUUAUUUUUAGUUUUUUGUGUGCACUUGUACAUAAACACAUCAUUUGGAUUCUCUGUGUGAGAGUAGUCUGGUGGGAGUGACAACGGUUGCAUUGAGAUUUAUGUUCAUUAACCCCUAUAUAUGGUAAAACCUCACUACGUUUUUUUAUUUUAGAUAUUUAAGAAAAAUGUCCACAAAUGGCCAUGAUAAAGGAAAAAAAAACACACAUAACACAAAGACAUGCCUGUAGGCUUUUGCUGCGUCAUCACAUUAGGAUUUAUGAUUGAAAUAAAACUGCUCACAAACAUUCUGUUUACUAGCAUAGGUAGACUUUGUAUAUUUUGGAUACUGUCCGUGCAAGGUAAUUUAUCUUUUUAGCACAAAUGUUUCUGUGUUUUAUGAAUGACAGCAUAUUUGAGGAAAACACAGCAUUGCCUCAGUGUGCAGGAGAAUGGCGGCAUAUGUGUCUCAUCACAGUUUGUCAGAAACUUUAAAUGCAGUUCAAGCUGCUGAAAGCACAAAGAACUUUUUCUGUGAAGAGUUCGUCUGUGAACGAUUUUCUUAAAAGUGAGAUUUUUUUUCGUCCUAUAUAGCCAUGUUGGUUAUAUGUAUGACCAAAUGCAUUAAUAUGAAAGCAAUGACAAAAGGCAAUCACUGUAAAUAGUAAUAGUUGCAAUACCAGCAUUUUUUCUGAAUUAUUUCAAAUCACUGGGUUAUUAAAGGUUCCUCAUCGUGUAUCAUACAGCCAAGCUUUUUUUUAUUUCAUCUCUUCUUCAAUUUGAUUCUUUUGUGAAUUUUUUUCCCUUUAAAGAAAUGUUCCUUGUGUUUUUUUUUUUUUUUGUUGUGUUCAGAACAUUGUCCUUAUAUAGGUUUAACAUGUUUAAAGUGGUUCGAAGUGCAGAAUGUAGGAGUUUGUUAACAAGUGCCUGGUGUGAGAAUCUGGCAUAUUGCUGCUGUCCAUCUACUGAUCAUUUGAUAUCAUUUACUGCAUAAUUGGUCAGUCAUUAUGUUACAAAUGCAUCCAAAGUAUCAAAAUGCUAACUUUGAGCUGAACAUUAGUCUCUACAUAAAAUUAUGGUUAAGCUGCAAAAUUUAAAUCAGGUAAAUUCUUCAAGCAGAAUAACCUCAUUCGUUUGACAAAUUGAUGAUUUCAGGAUUUGACUUUAUUCAAAUAACUGCUUUUCUCUGGAAAACACUGGAUACAAUUAUUUCAUGCCUUUUGCAUUUUUCUUGUUGUAGUUUUAAAAAACCUUCUGUUUGACUUUUUCUUUGCUUUAAUGACAAACUACUUUUGUGAAGGCUCUGUAAAUAUAAAAAAAGUUUUCAAUUUUGAAAGUUUUCUCAUUUCUUUGGGUUUGACAUUAAACUCGUGCAUUCUUCUGUCA